AAACCCUGAGUGGGACAGGUUUUUGGCCUGGGGACUGUAAGGAUGGAACAGCAGCCGGAAACGAUGUCUCAGGCUCCAGAGGCUGAAAGCAAUGAGAUGGCAGAGCUGGGGCCAGAGGCCCAGUCCCUCAUCCCAAGCUGCAGCAGUCAUAAAAUUGACUGUAUCAUCUGCUAUUGCUCCUACGACCUGUCAGCCCACCUGCCGCGCCGCCUCUACUGCGGCCACACUUUCUGUCAGACCUGCAUCAGACGCCUGAACAUGGUGGCCAAUGAGCAGUGGUGGAUUCCGUGCCCACAGUGCCGCCAAAAUACACCUACCCCUCGUGGAGGAGUGACCAUGCUUGACUUGGACUUGACAGCCUUCUUAGCAGUCAAGUCUGAAAAGGAGCAUCCUCGAGUGGUGGGCAAGAUGGAAUAUGAAGAGGCCUCAAAAACACCUGCCAAGGAGAAGCCAAUCACACAGCAGCCCACAGGCCUUUGCCAGGAGACCCUGCCACGGCCAUAUUUUCCACAAAAUAACUGCUGUGGCCACUGCCUUUGCUGUGUGACCACAGCUGCUUUUCAGGGCUGA